AUGACGUCGCCCUACCACGCAGCGGCGCGAGAAAAGCGCGCCGCCGAACGUGAUUCAGACGAGAGAAACGUCAACUCUGGACGCGUCCCCCGCGGCUCCUCUUCCAGCAGAGGACCUCAACAGCUUCCCCUACACUCUGUUCCCAUCGGAACAGAAGGCCACGGUCAUCAUCCUAACCACCACCCACCGGCCCCAAAAUCAUGGUUCCCGGUUCGCGAAGAAGGCGAGAGUGGCCGAUCCGGCAUCCACCCGUGGCACUUCCUCCGCAUCGUGUUCCGCUCGUCCUCGCUGGCGUCUCGUAUCGUCAACGUGCUAUGGCCCGUGGUGCCCGCUGCCAUUGCCCUCAGAUAUGCCGCCCCUGAGCAGGAUCUGGCGAUAUUCAUUUUGGCGUACAUUGCCAUGGUGCCUUGUGCGAACUUGGUUGGGUUUGCGGGACAGAAUUUGGCAAAGAAGGUGCCGCAUGUUUUUGGUGUGUUGGCCGAGACGACUUUUGGUUCACUCGUCGAGAUUAUUAUGUUUAUAGUCCUGAUAAAACGGUACGACCCUAAAGCACCGGUGGAUACGACGCAGGUUAUUAGGGCUGCGAUCCUAGGUUCGAUCCUUGCUACGAUGCUUUUCUGUCUGGGCUUCUGCUUCAUUGCCGCUGGUUUCAAGCGGGAGGAGACGCAUUUCAGCGAAAUUGUUAGUGAAGCCGGUAGCGGGUUGCUGUUGACUGCUGGAUUCGGCCUAGCCGUUCCUACAGCCUUCUUCAACGCCCUCUAUGGCCGCUACGACACGGACGAGCUCAGGCGCAAAACCCUCGAAAUUUCGCGUAGCACCGCUGUCUUGCUCAUCAUCGCCUAUCUCGUGUACGUCUUUUUCCAGAUGCGCACCCAUCACGGUAUCUACGACGCUAUCUUCGAGGCCGACGCCGAGCGCGAUGACGACAAGCAUAAGGAGCUUCGACAUCAUCGCCUGACUCUUUUCGAGUCUGUUAUAGGCUUGGCUGUGGGCGUCGCCCUUAUCACGAUCAUUGCCAUCAUGCUCGUCGACAGGAUUCACUUCCUAGUCGAGAAGCGCCACGUCUCCGAUGCCUUCCUCGGUUUGAUCAUGAUUCCACUUGUCGAAAAGGCCGCGGAGCACUUGACGGCCGUAGACGAAGCGUACGACAACCAGAUGAACAUCGCCCUAUCGACGGUACUGGGCUCAACGCUACAGACGGCCCUGUUCAACGGCCCUCUUGUGGUGAUUAUCGGCUGGGGAAUGGACAAGCCCAUGGGCUUCAAUUUUGAGCUGUUCGACCUGGUUAUGCUGAUCCUCGCCAUCUUGACAGUCGGAAACUUCUUGAGGGACCAGAAGAGUAAUUACCUGGAGGGUGUGUUGUGCGUGAUCGUUUAUGUCGCCAUCGGCGUGGCGGCAGCUCACUACCCGAACCCUCACGAUCUCCAUGAGGCGUUUCCGAUGCCGAACGCGUCUCCUGCUCCAACGACGAGUGGAUCGGAGGGUGCUCAUCAUUAA